CCCAUGUUCCAUCCCCAAGGAAUCCCCCAACCCCCACCUGCACCCCCUCAUCGGUAAUGAAAAUGCUGGGGGUGGGAUGGAUAAAGGACUCCGGUGUUCCUCACCCCACCAUGAUGAAAUCUCACUGCUCUAAGAUCUUCAAGGCAGUGAACUGCCCUGCUAACUCUUCACAGAAAGGGCUUGAACAUGGUAUAAUGUGGGCGGAGUCCCUGAGUCCUGAGAAGGGUUGCUGUGCCCACUGACAGGUCAAUUACUAAAGCCAAACCAGAAUUCUACCAGGUUGAGCAUAGGCACACGUUACAGAGUGCAGGCAAACUCCACUGGCAGCUCCCACAUUUUCUUGGGCACACAAGUUCCCAGGGGAACUUGUUAACGAGCAGAGCCCCGCUGCUGGCCUGCCCUGGUCAGGAAGGACCCCGGAGCCUGCCCCCUCCGCUUGCUGCGCGACACUGACAAGUCCUCAUCAGGCUCGUCAGCAGAAAAAAGAUAGCCAGGAACCCACACGUAUUCUGAAGAUUUAUUGAGUCAACCCACAGACACCCAGCCCAGCGCCUACCAUUCGGCUGCAGCUUCCAAAGGUCAGUUAUUGUGAAGAAACCAUGGGACACUUAAUUCCCUUGGGAGGUCAAGCCCCGCAGCACUUGGGUUCCGGGUGGGGGUGGAGCGUCAUCGGGUGCUUCUCACCCUUCCUUGUCCCCGCCCCCAAGCCUGCGGAUUCGCUUUCGGUUGGGCAAGCUAAGAGUCCCGGGGAACGUUGACUCUGGACUAGCAGCAGAUGUCGCUGCCCUCCCUUGGUACCCAGCUGUGCUUAUAGCUGGUUCUCACUUAUAAUUACUAAAGAGAAAUACCCGGGAGGAGAAAACACAGCGGCCGUGUGCAGAGGCCACCGAAAUCUCUUUAUCGCUCCCACCUGAAGUCCAAAGGCGGCUUAGCUCGCUCGUCGGAGAUUCUUGUCGCUCAGGCGAGGCUCCGCCCCUAAGCCCCACCCCCGAGGCGGCUCCGCCUCUCCAGCAGGGCGCGGUCCGGAUUGGACAGCUCCGGGGUGGGCGUGGCCUAUGGUUGUGCUGGGACCGCCGGAGCUCCGCGGUGGUUACUGAGGCCAGGGAAUUCUGGAGAAGUGAUAGGGUUCCCAGCGGGUGGCUCCUGUAGCCGGGUCGUAGAUUCGAACCUGAGGUCGAAGCCGGAGCCGGCGAAUCGGGGAGGAGCGCAGAGAGGGCGGGAUUUCCGCCGAGAGGGAUCCGGCCGCUCAGGGGGUGGGGCUUCCCCGACCGGGCUGCGUUUCCCGCGUGCCCGGCUGGGUGCUGUGAGUCCCUACAAACACCCUCCGCGCCCUCCCCCAGGCAGCCAAGGAUGACCACCCUCACGCGCCAAGACCUCAACUUCGGCCAAGUGGUGGCCGACGUGCUCUCCGAGUUCCUGGAGGUGGCCGUGCACUUGAUCCUCUAUGUGCGCGAGGUCUACCCGGUGGGCAUCUUUCAGAAGCGCAAGAAGUACAACGUGCCGGUUCAGAUGUCCUGCCACCCAGAGCUGAACCAGUACAUCCAGGACACACUUCACUGCGUCAAACCACUCCUGGAGAAGAACGAUGUGGAGAAGGUGGUGGUGGUGAUUUUGGAUAAGGAACACCGCCCAGUGGAGAAGUUUGUCUUUGAGAUCACUCAGCCACCCUUGCUGUCCAUCAAGCUAGGUGGCCUCAAACAGACCGUUUCUCUAACUGUCUUGGGGUCCUGGAGGUAUGCAGACUUGAGCGGUACCCUGGGUGUCCUCUCGACAGCUGAAUAUUUGAGUGACCUAAAGGGACCUUUGUACCCUACCUCUAUUCAGUCAGUUCAGACUCCCUCCUGUCUCAUGUGGAGCAGCUGCUUCGAGCCUUCAUUCUUAAGAUUAGUGUGUGUGACGCUGUCCUCGACCAUAAUCCUCCAGGCUGCACGUUUACAGUUCUCGUGCACACAAGAGAAGCUGCCACUCGGAACAUGGAGAAGAUACAGGUCAUCAAGGACUUCCCCUGGAUCCUGGCAGAUGAGCAAGAUGUCCACAUGCAUGAUCCCCGGUUGAUACCCCUGAAAACCAUGACUUCG